AGCAUCAGUACUGCAGCCGCCGUCGGCGCCGCUGUCUGACGACCUGAGAGACGGAUGGUUAGGGCUGACCGUCCUCGACUAACCUGAAAAUGCGAGUGUGACUUCAUGCAUGCCCCGUAUUUAUAUAGUGCUUAAUCAGGCUACACGUAUACAUAGCCUUAGCUAGUCACAGAAGGAUAAUUUUGUAGUCAUGGAGGACGACUGUGUUUGCGAGUACGACUCGACCUGGGACUCGGAGAGUGAUGGAGACGACCCGGCCGGAGAGAGCCAGACCCGACGGUCCUGCCAAGACAAAAACAAAUCCGCCUGGAAUUUAUGGCAUCACGCGCCCAGGAACAUGAGAGCAGCAAAGGACAUGCAGAACUACAGGAGAGGAUAUCCAAAUCUUACAGAUGACGAGUGCUCAGAAGACAAAAUGAACAAUUUGCAGUUUUAUCUCAAUAAAUUUCCCUCCUCACCUGAUGAUGUCUACAUUGAAUCAUUUCAUAAAGAAUGGAAAAAUGACUACAAAAGACUGGAGAGAGUUCACUCGUACAUUCAGUGGCUGUUUCCACUGCGAGAGCCGGGGGUUAAUUACAUGGCUUCAGAACUUACCAAGAAGGAAAUUGAGGCCUUCAAGAAGAAUGAAGAGGCCAAAAAUAAACUAGUCGAGUCCUAUGAACUCAUGUUGGGCUUCUACGGGAUGCGUUUGGUCAACAAAGAGACGGGUGAAAUGAAACGAGCAGAUAAUUGGAAGGAGCGAUACGGAAACCUGGAAAGGAAUAUGCACAACAACCUGCGCAUCACUCGCAUCCUGAAGAGCCUCGGAGAGCUGGGCUUCGAGCACUUCCAGGCCCCACUGGUGCGCUUCUUUCUAGAAGAGACAUUAGUCAAGAAGACCCUCAGCAGUAUGAAGCGCAGCGUGCUUGACUACUUCCUGUUUGCUGUCCUGGAAAAGCAGAAACGUCAGGAGCUUCUGCGCUUUGCCUACCUUCACUUUGAGCCAAAGGAUAAGUUUGUGUGGUGUCCCAGAAAGAUCCAGAAACAAUUCAGGAAGGCAGAGAAACGAUCUGAUGGUGUAGGGAAUGGAGAUGGAAAAGAUGAGUCCAUUUCACGGAGUAAAAGCAAAGAUGGAGAAGCAGUUGUGCAAAAAGAGGAUGGACUGGAUAAUAAUACAAAGGCUCUGAAAGACACUGAUAAAACGCCAAGUAAAGACAAAAACAAACUGUCAGAGGCGUCCCCUGAGAAAACAAAACCAGAAGCAGAGAACGUCGGAAAUGGAAACACAGAGGCCGAGCCUAAUGAUGAGAUUGUGGAGAAUGGAAAUGACUCCACGGAUGAUGUUGAUGAAAUGGAUCAGUCGUCCAGUCCCGACUCUGCGACGGCAAAGGCAGAGCCAUGUGCAGACAGCGAGGAAACAUUAACCAACGACUCAAAGGACCCCAUCCAGGAACCAGAUGUCAUUAUGCAAACGGAUGAGGAUACAGACACUAAAGAAACACAGAAGAAGAAGAGAGAAGAUGACAAGGUGCUGCCAAGCAACGGCUCUGCUGGGGACUCUGCCAGCGAGCAGAUGGAGGAGAAAGCUGGUGCUAAUAAAGCCACCGGUCAAACCUCAGCCCAAGCCCCCCCUAAGACUGCUAAACAUUCCCCCUCUCUCUCCUCUGGGAUAGAGGAGAAAAUCCCAAGGACUGAUUUUAAUCAAGUGCCAGAUAAGAAGGAAGAGGAAGAAACGUCAAAUGUGUCUGCAACAAAUGGGUCAGUGACGAGCGCCGACAAAGGUGUGUCUGAGCGGACAAAGGAGAUGGAGGAUGUAGAAAUGGAAUCAAACCCGGUGUGUUCAGAUCAAAAUAUGGGGAGUACAUGAAUAAACUGGGUAAAGGAGGAGUUCUUUAAUUUUACCUUGAAAUUAAAUGUAAUAUAGGGACAGAGUAUUACGUUAAAAAAACUUCCUAGGCCUUAUUUCUACUAUAUUUGAUGUUUAGAUAUUGAUUCUUUUCACUUUGAAGGAGUAUAUGAACCUAUGAUAUGAACCCACUAGUUGCUGAAUGUGGGCUGGAUGUUACUCGGUUUCCAGGUGGCCAUCAGACAAUAUUAAAGGGGAAGGCUGGUGGUAUUCUAUUAUUUUGUUAUUGCCAACAAAUUCCAUGGAAACGUCAAAACCUUGAAAGCAGCGGAGGCAGUAAACGUGUUAGCAUUGUUAGCUUGCUGGUGCUAGCCCAGCUGCUCUGUGGCCUUACAGGUCGUAACUGCUGUUGAAUCUCCACCAAACCAACAGUCUCUAUAUACUUUGACUCCUCCACCUCCUGUCAGCUCCAAGCAUAUUGGGUCUUCGAAACAUGAAUCCUUUUUAAAGAGCUAAGUAAUUGGACCAACACGUGACGCGUUUUAGUAAAAAAUUACUGAACGGGACUAAAUUGUGUUUUGUUGAGGACUAUUUCAGUUUUGUGAGUAUUGACAGUAGCAGGACGGUGCAUGUGAGGUUGACUGAAAAUAAAAUGUAGUGUCAGUGUUUAUUGCAACCGU